GAGCUGCAGGUUCAGCCGUUUGGACUGAAAAUCUGCCGUGCAAAAGUUUUGCUUAAUCUGAGUCGUGCAAGACAGAGAGGUGUGUAGAGCAGAGUGUAAUCUGUUCCUCCAUCAAAGGCUCAUCUGGUUCUGAGGUCUGGCCAGACCACACAGACACACACACACACACACACAUUCUGGACCGUGGGACUCUUCCUUGCCCAGAGGAUAGUGUGUACAGCGAUGAUCUGGAGGAGGUGUGUGUUGUGUGCACUCCUGCUUUGUUCGGCUCUCGUUCUCGGAGCCAGGCCCGAACCCCAGCAGGAAGAUCAAGAACCUGGGCAGAAGAAUAAAGGAACAGAGGGAGACAGCAAGGGCCAAACGGUGGCGGCGGCGGCAGUGUGCCCGGAUCAGUGCUCCUGCCUGGCAGAGGAAGUGGUGGACUGCGCCGGGGUCAAUUUAUUCGAGUUUCCACAAGAGCUACCAGAAAGCACACGCCAGCUCUCGCUGCAGAAUAAUCAGAUCUCGGAGAUCAGUGCGGAGGAGCUUUCUCGGCUGCUUCAUCUGGAGAUGCUCAACCUGCAGAACAAUCGGCUCACCUCACAGGGUCUUGGAGAUGACGGGUUUGAAGCUCUGGAGCAGCUCAAUUAUUUGUACUUGGCGAAUAACAAGCUCACAGAAGCGCCCAGAUAUCUUCCACCCACUCUGAUUAGUGCCGACUUUGCUGCAAACCAGCUUACAACAAUCUACUCCUACACGUUUGGCCAAAAACCUGGACUGAAGUCGGUGUACCUUCACAACAACAAGCUGACCGACACAGGUCUACCAGAGGGGAUGUUCAACGGCUCGAACAGCUUAGAGGUGUUAAUCUUGUCCAGCAACUUCCUGCGCUAUGUCCCUAAAGGCCUGCCGACUGCACUCUUCCGUCUUCAUUUAAAGAAUAACAAACUGGAGAAGAUUCCUUCAGGUGCGUUCGAGAACCUGCCUUAUCUAAGAGAACUCUACUUGCAGAACAACCUACUGAGCAACAGCGGCAUGGACAACACCACUUUCAGUCAUCUGAGCAAACUGGAGUACCUGGACCUGUCCAAUAACAAUCUGACUGCAGUACCCCUAGGUCUUCCUCGAACCCUGAUGCUGCUCCAUCUGGAGAAAAAUUACAUCACGUCUGUCAGGAUCGAUUCCCUCAGUGCUGUGAAGGAUCUUCAGUACCUGCUGCUUCACCACAACCGGCUUCGUGCUCGCCACAUCCACCGUGAUGCCUUCCGGGGUCUCAAACGCCUCCACACGCUUCACCUGCACCACAACCUGCUGGAGCGAGUCCCUCUGGGCCUGCCGCGCCGCGCCCACACUCUCGUGCUGAUGCGAAAUUUUAUCAUCGAGAUCGGACGUGAUGAUCUCAGCACGCUUUACACUCUCAAGGAGCUCAACUUGAGCUACAACCGCUUGACGAGCGAACGUCUUCAUCGCCAUGCCUUCAGGAAACUACGAGUGCUGGAAGUCUUGGAUCUGUCAGGAAACAAGCUGAGCGUGUUGCCACUCGGGCUUCCGAAGAGCCUUCACAUUCUUCGGGCGAAGGAUAAUCAGAUAGCUGAACUGCUGGGCGGGGCGCUGAUGGGCAUGAGCAAGCUGACAGAACUGCAUCUUGCUAAUAACCAAAUCAAACUGAGCUCUAUCUACCAGGGGGCGUGGCAGGCGCUCAGCUCUCUCACGACGCUUGAUUUGUCAAGCAAUCUGCUGUCUCAUGUUCCUGCUGAUCUUCCUGAGUCUCUGGAGUUCCUACAUCUACAGAACAACAGGAUCAGCACCAUCUCUGCUACAGACUUCAUCAGUACCCCUAACAUCAAGAGCAUCUUUCUAAGGUUCAACCGUCUCUCCGCUCUCUCCGUGGCCGAGGACUCCUUCUCUCACCUGUCCAAGCUGCAGGUGUUGGACAUCGGACACGGAAACGCCCCACCCCGGCGUGUCCAUGCCGACCUGAUAGAGGCGGACUACACGGAAACGGAGGACGAGGAGGUCCAACCAGGAGAAAAACGAUAAACUGAAGUGAACGUUGUAUAGAGAAUCAUCUAAGGAGAGGUAUACAGUGUCGAGUGUAGAGGAUGGAGGUCAUGUGACUCUGAUUAUUAUUGAUGAUGUAAGAGUCUGGAUGAUGGAAGUCAUGUGACUGAUUACCGUCGGUGAUAUGAGAGUGUAGAUGAUGCAAGUCUGAGCGGCGUGAAUUUUUUUUUUUUUAUAAAUAUGUACAAUUUUUUUUCUCUUAAGGCUAAAUUUGCUAAAUCAUUUACAGCGUGUGCAGAAAGUCCAUUAACCUCAGCCUCAUUUAUCUCAGAAACCACUUUAACUUCCUCUCUGAAAUGUCAUUCGCCUCAAAGCACUAUGGUAAAAUGAUAGAAAUGCUCUAAAGGAAUUAGCCGUGACGGAUUAUUGUUAUUUUAGCUCCUGGAUCUUCGCCUUUUUCUAAUUGAAACCAUAAGCAGGAGGAGCCGAGAACGAACCCCUCACACUUGGAUAUCUGCACUCUUUUGUCUAUAUACAAACAAAAACCUUUAAUAAUACUCACCAAAAUACUCCUUCCUGUCUCACUAAUGCUCUGCUUCAUAAUUCCACAUUCACUUAAAGCUUACUGUUAUUCACACGGACAUUAAUCACAUUCGCAUAGAAGAUGUCAUCCAGCUAAUUACCCUAGCAUCACAUUUAUCAUAUCUUGGAUGCUCAUAACAAGCGGCUUAAAUUUCCUGCUAAGGAAUGUAGUGUGGCGUGUCUCUAACUCUUGGAGUUAGCAACUGGAGUUGUCCUGAAAGUUUCUUAACAGAUAGAUAGAUAGAUUAGGAAAUUCCAGAAAUGGCCAAAAAUAUGAAAUAAAUUUACUGUAUUUUUUAGAUUUUUUAAAAAAGUAAUUUAUAUGCACUCUUCACGAAUCAGAAUUCAGAUGUUUAUGCUAAUUUCUAUUCACAUUAACUUAAACCUUGAUUUUUGUGCUUUAAUCAAUCCAGGAAAAACCUAUACGGGGUCUAUAUAAACCAGGUCUAUAAACUAGCUGCUAAAUAACAGCAGCGCGUUAGCGUAUGCUAAGAUGCAUGUUAGCAUUAUUAACGAGGCAGUAAACAACCCCCCCCCCCCGCGGCAUGCUCUUAUCUCUGGUGCAGGAUACACAGGAAUUUCAUGCCUUUUCAUUCUUUUUCUUUUUUUUGCCGCUUAUCAAUUUUAUUUCAUUUUAUCUUUAACACCCGACAAACAGCACAUGCUUUCUAUUUUUUUUGCGAGAGGAAAAGCAUGUUCAGGGCGUGAAGAGGUCAAGUUUAACAGCAGACCCACACUGAGGGAUGUUCUCGUACCACCUUCUGACUGUUUCCACUCGCACCGGUCAGAACCAGGCCUUUGUAUUUGAACACUGAAAAGCAGUAAAACAGCGAGAGUGAGAGGUCGAAGCAUUUGGCUUUGUCGAGAACCGCUCCAAGAAAGGAAAAAAAGGGGGGUUUCGAAUAAAGCGCUUUACAGAAAUCAGCAGCAGGUCUCCAGAUUUCCUGUGCCUUCAUGUCCAUGGAGACUUGACUCAAAACAUUUGGCUGGAGAGUCCUGAUCUGAGGCACAGAUGGAGAGAACACAUGAAGUCUUUUUUUUCUUUUUCUGUAUGUUACUCUUUACAGUGGCUGAAUGCACUAUUGAGUAACAUCCUUUGGGUCAAGAUCGUCAUAAAGUGCCUUUGAGCCUUUCAUUUCCGAAUAUAAACAUAAAAAAUCCAUGUACCUGCAUAUUAACUUUAUUAAGUAGACCUUAGGCUGUUAGAAAUGCAUGGUCAAUCCAAAAUCUGGCAAAAACUAUGCACACAUGUCCACUCUGUCAUGAUGAUUAUAACAGGAUGACAGCAAGAUUUUUUGCUAAAGUUAGCCUUUAAUGAGCACUGUGAGGUGUGAUGAGUGCUGAAGGUGACUGUGUGCUGUUUAUCACAUGUAUUUAGAAUUUCUGAUUUAUUUUUAUUUUUUUUUUACAUUUAUUAAUAUUUCACUAUGACAGGGUGGACACGUUAAGCUCAACAACAUCAAACUACCAACACAACCUGAUGAAAAUUAGAAAAUAUAAGUGUAAAUACGUGUAAUUUACUUACAGCAGUUGUUUUAACCUCUGGUUAAGUAAGACGAAAUUAUCUUGGUGAUGUCACUGAUGACAUCAUUCAGUUUGUCAAAGGGACAGUUCCCCAAAAUGUCAGGGUGAACAUUGAUUUCAAGGACAUUUUCUAAAUGUUUUUUAUUGUUAAUAUUAUUAAAAAAGAUUAUAAUUAAAAAAAAAGAAUUUGUUCAGGACGACAAGAACACACACCCAGUUAAAGAAAAUGGUAUAAAAUGAGAGAAACACAUUUCCUGAUGUUACCUAAUAUUGAGUAGGCCCCACCUUUUGCCACUGCAGUGAACAGUGAUGCCCCGUGUGUUCUGAUACCUUUCUAUGGAAACCAGCAUUAAGCUUUUCUCAAUUUGAGUUACAAUAGGUCUUGUCUUCUGAUGGAUUGGACUAAACGAGCCAUCAUUUGCUACAUCAGUGAGCCUUGGCCACCCAUGACCCUGUUGCUGGUUCACCGGUUUUCCUUCCUUGGAUCACUUUCGGAAUGUCCUGGCAACUGCAACCUGGGAAAAAAAGAGCUGCAGUUUGGGAGUUGCUCUGACCGAUCACAUCCUUCAUUGUCCCCAUCACAGUAGUUACAAUAGCAGUUGGAAGUGUGUGGGAAAUAUUAGGCAGCAAGUGAACAAUUUGUCUUAGAAGUUGAUGUGUUGGAAGCAGAAAAAAAGGAAAAGCGUAAGGAUUUGAGUGACUUUGACAAAUUGUGAUGGCUAGAGGACCAGGUCAGAGGUCAAAGCAACUUCAAAACUGCAGCUCUUGUGCGAUGUUCCCAGGCUGCAGUGGCCAGGACGUACCAAAAGUGAUCCUAGGAAUGAAAAGUGAAUUGGCCACAGGGUCAUGGCUGGCCAAGGUUUACUGGUGCAAUUGAUGAGUGAAGGCGGGCCUGGGUAGUCUGAUCAAAUAGAAGCGCUAAUGUAUAUGUGAUUGCUGAAAAGGUUAUUGCUGGUUCUAAUAGAAAGUUAACAGAAUACACAGUGCAUCAGUGUUUUAGCUGAAGGAGUGAGACCAAAUCAAUAUUAGGCAGCUGGUCAUAGUGAUGGGGCUGAUUGAUGUAUAAUUGUACUGAUACUGUACUAAUGUCUAAAUGUUUGGUCAUUUAUAAUAAAACCCUCAGAAUUUCUUUAUUUUGCAGUAGGUUGAUAAGAUGAUAACUACAUGAUUCUGAUGAGGACACUAAAGGCACUUUUUAGGGAUUUUAACCACUUUAUGAAAAUUUAAGCUGUUUUUAAGUCAGACUUUAAUCGUCACAUAUACAUUACUGCACAGUGAAAUUUUUUAUUCUUCGCAUAUCCCAGCUUCUUGGUGGUAGGCAGGGGUCAUAGCGCAGGGUCGGCCAUUUUUUCGGCACCCCUGGACAAGCAAAGAUAAUAUGAAAUCUGCAUAUCUGAGAACAGACAGGCUUAGCUUUAAUACUGUAGGCAGUCUGUCGCUAGCUAACAAUAGCCUCCACUCUCUUUAACAGAUGUGUAAUAUGAGAUCUAAUACAGUACAUCAUAUCUAGCUAGGUGUUAUAACUACUGUAGCUUAACUGGCUAAUUAUCCCACACAGUCUUAGUACUAAAAACUGAGUAGCUUGCAGCAAUUUAUAUGAAUGAUUUAAAAUGCUUUCUGGGAAAAAAAAAUAUAGAAUUUUGCAUUUUAUCAUAUGGCUAACAUGAGACAAAGAACUCCAGACCACAAUAUUGUGCCUCUUUCUGGUGCUAACUCUGUAGCUGCUGUGGAAUUUUGCAUGAAUUAAUGAAUACAUACAAUAACUGAUGGGAUAAAACACCAACCAGUGAUAAAGCAAAGUGUGCUAAAAAAUGUACCGCUUUUCUGAGUGGGCGGGUCUUUAAAUUCAACCUCUCUCUCCAUCAGUACGGCAGAGUCCUGCAGUGUGAUGAAAAAAGCAAAAAUAUAAAAAGCACUUCACCAUAAUACAGUAAGGUGUGCUCCUGUCUAUAGUAAUGGCUGUUUUUUCGGCUACACUGUUCACUGCCGCGCGUAGUGGAGUUAAUGGUAGUAAAACGCCUGUUAAGGUUGAGAUUAACAGCCUCAUUCAUUUAUCAGCAUUUGCUAGCUAACAUUAUUCGAACCAGCUGGAUAGCUCUAGUCAGCGGGAAGCUGCUCAGGUCCGUCACAGCGCUGGCGUCGGUGGGGUCGUGGGGUCGUGGGGUCCAGGUGAUCUGCCUGAAUGAGUUUAUGCAGGUGGGACGUCUGGCUAGGCGUCUGACAUUUUAUACAACAAAAUCUCCUUUUCAAAAUUCUAUCUCAAAGUAUUUUCUGUAAUGCAACAUCAUAUUUAAGGUGCUUUGUAC